AAUACCCACUUCAUACCUAGAUAGAAAUUUGUCUUCAAAUAGAAAAUAAUUGCAGCACACACUUUGACGGAACCUUUGUCUUUCUUCCCUCCAUUGCAGAGAAUAGAAUCUCCUUGUCUAUGACACCUUAGAUUGAUUGUGGGCCUGUACUUCCUCUUCCUCUUCUUUUAUAUAUUCUCAAAUUCCAUUCAUGCAAUUUAUUGGAUUGAGUCUCUUCUUACAUGUUUUCUAUUUGCAUAAAACCAUUGUUCCUUACGAAGCAGCUUGUAAUAGGAACACAACUUCUCUGUGAUCUUCAACAGGUUUCAGCCUGCUCAUGGCCUUCCAAGUUGAUAGACCACAAGUAACAGAAAUUCAGGUCCGCAUGGACUGUAAUGGUUGUGUACAAAAGAUACGCAGGUCUCUUCAAAGUGUUCAAGGUAUAUACAAAGUCAUUGAAGAUUUUGGGCAGCAAAAGAUUAUAGUGGUGGGAUGGGCAGACCCUGAGAAAGUGAUGAGAGCCAUUAAAAAGACUGGAAAAAUAGCCAAGUUGUGCAGUCAUCACACACCAGAAGAAGAAAAUCCAGAACCAAGAGCAGAUCCUGCUGAGGCUUCUGCUUCCUCUGCAACUACUGUAACUCAGGACCCUGCGGAGCAAACAAAUCAGGCAGUUACAGAAGAGAAUGCUGCAUCUGCUGCAGCUCCUCCAGCAGAGGAAACACCUCCUCCUCCACCAGCAGAAGAAUGUGCUCCUCCUCCUGCUGAUGCUCCACCCCAAGAAACCACUGAUCCUUCUCCCCCAAAUGAAGAAAGUUCUGUUCCAUUACCCGAUCCACUUGAAACCUAUUACAGGACCAUAGACCACAACCAUCCAGAUGGGUACCAUAUGACUCAGGAAUAUCCCAGAGAUGUGGAUUAUACUACAAGAUAUCAUCAUAACCCUGAUUCCCUUGAUGCUCAGAGAAGGUAUCAGAGGUACAUGGCAGAUCAAUAUUACAAUGGUGGCUACCACACUGGAAAUUCAAGGCAGUUGACUGCAGCUGACAGCAGUCGUUUUGCCACCAUGUUUAGUGAUGAGAACCCAAAUGCUUGCUGUAUUACUUAAACUCUGUUGUUUCUUCCAUUUUAAUUUGUACCAAACUAAGAUACUCUGGCUUUUACAACAGAGAUUUUGAGUUCUCUUUGUAGGAUUUUGGUGGAUGAAUCUCUGUAUCAGAGAUUAAAUUCCUGAGACAUCUCUCUCUUUCUUAGUACUUCUUUGAUGAAUCAAAGCUGCUAAUGUGCAGCUUUAUCUUUUUGUACAGUACUUAAGUUUCUUCAGAAUUGUAGGUAUAGUUCUCUGUCUUAAACUGUAGUUAUAGUUUCAUGUCUAAUGGUGAAGAGUUGAUGCAUUGUAGUGAAAACAUACAAUGUACUAAAUCUUUAUUUAAGACUUCUAAAAAAAAAGAAUUUAUGUGAGGAGUUCA